AUGCAAUUCACACCUAUCCUUGUGAUGUAUCGUGAGCUCUAUCAACGCUUAUACGAUGCACAUGUUAUUUCUCCUUUUCACCUUAAGCCAUUGCAGCCCCCAUAUCCUAAAUGGUAUGACGCAAACGCCAGAUGCGAAUACCAUGAUGAAAUACCGGGGCAUUCGAUUGAAAACUGUAUUGGUUUUAAGAAGGCCAUAGAAAGGCUUAUUAAGAUGGGGGUAGUGAAGUUCGAUAAUACCCCAAAUACUGAAAACCCAUUACCAAAUCAUAGCGAUCAAGGAGUGAACGCCGUUGGUGAAACUAGUGAGAGGAGAAUAAAGGAAGGCGUGGCUGAGGUGAGAACGCCGAUGAAGAUGAUUUGGGAAGAAAUGGUAAAAAAAGAGAUGAUAAUCUCUAAAGAGAGGAAUGAAGAAGCAAAAGACUAUUGUGAGUUCCAUGCCGAAGAGGGGCACAAGAUUCAGGAAUGCGACGAGUUUAAGGCCUUGAUACAAAGCCUUAUGGACAAGGAGCUAGGAUUUUAUGAAGCUGGGCCAAAUGAGAGACAUAUAUGCACAUUAGAAGGUGCGCUGAAGAAUCAAAGUUGGCCAAGGAUCAUUAUUUCUUUACCAGGAAGUAAUGAAGUUGAAAUACCGACAGUACCGAAAGUCAUCAUUCAUAAACCUAUUUCCUUUCCUUAUAAGGAUAACAAGAGAGUACCAUGGAGUUAUAAUUGCAAUGUGUCAAUGCCGGAGAGGGAGGAUAUAGCAAGUGCUUCUAAGGAAGUCCAAGGUGAGGGUUCCCAUACACGGAGCGGGAAGCGGUAUGAUACAGUGGGCGUCAGAAAGGAGCCCACAAAAACAAAGAAUGUUAGUACAGAGAAGGAGAAAGAGGCCGAAGCACCUAUCAAGGAGCCAGUAAGGGAGGAAGAGGUUAAUGAAUUUCUAAAGUUCCUUAAACAUAGUGAGUAUAGCGUGGUCGAGCAAUUACGUAAGCAGCCGGCUCGCAUAUCAGUAUUGGCUCUACUUCUGAGUUCUGAGAUGCAUCAGGAUGCAUUGAUGAAGGGGUACACAUUCCCAAGCGUGCUUGUCGAUAAUGGAUCGGCUUUGAAUGUUCUACCGUUGUCUACUCUGAACAGAUUACCCAUUGACGAUUCUCACAUGAAGACAUGUCAAAAUAUGGUAAGAGGCUUUAACGGUACAGAAAGGAAAGUGAUGGGAAAGAUUGACAUCCCUUUGGAAAUUGGGCCGAAUAUAUACGAAGUAGACUUCUUGGUGAUGGAUAUCAAGCCCUCCUACAAUUGCUUAUUAAGGAGGCCAUGGAUACAUUCAGUGGGAGUGAUGCCCUCAUCGUUGCACAAAAAAUUAACGUUAGUGACGGAUGGACGGUUAGUAACCAUCAAUACGGAGGAGGAUAUUAUAGCCGUAGUCACUAGCAAGGCCCCUUAUGUCGAGACGAACGAAGAGUCUAUUGAGUGUUCCUUUCGCUCUUUAGAAUUUGUGAAUGCGACCUUUAUUUCAGAAGGGAGUGAGCCACCGGCGCCAAAGAUAGCAAGAGCCACGAGGAUGGCUCUACAAAUGAUAGUGGGAAAGGGAGCCUUACCAGGAAGAGGGUUAGGAAAAUACCUGCAAGGAGGGAGUCAAAUCCUAGAACUAAAAGAGAAGAGAGAUCGCUUUGGUCUAGGCUUCAAGCCAGACUAUAAGUAA